AUAAAAGAUGGGCGACACGAAAGACGGCCCCAUGGAAAGACCCUUUCGUGCAAUCGGCCCAAGAUAUAUGACUAGUGCAGUCGGGCUGUAGCUGUGAAACACCGAUAACAACAAACUUCAACCUCAGCUCAGGAAGCUUAGCGUACGGUACCGAAUUUGUAAUUAUCAACUCAAAGAAACUCCAAUCAACCUAGUCACCUACCUCAAAGAUGUCCUUCUAUGGUAACUUGGAAAAAAGAUACAAGAUAGUACCGCAAGAUGGAGGGAUAGAGACUCUAACAUUCCUUGAAGCUAGCCGGAUUUCAAUACUUCCACUGCUUGAUAUACUUGGAAAGAAUGCGUUUGCCAUGGUUAGAAUGGAUGUGAAUGGCAACAUUGUGAAACUGAUGAGUAAAUACAAUGAAAGACCAGGUGCUUUCCACACACUAACUGCCAUUGUUGAUCAUGAGAUAGAAGAAAAUACAACAAAUGAUAACAACUCAGCCACUGAUGCCCUAAUUUGGUUAACAAGGGGCCUUAAUUUCAUCUGCAUCUUCAUCCAGAAUCUGUUAGACCAGAAGAAUGAUGGUGAUGAUAUAAAACCAUGUAUAUCAGGAGCUUAUGAUAUUACACUCAGGAAACAUCACAACUGGUUCAUACAGAAAGCUGUUCAGGUUGCAUUUCGAGCUGCCCCCUACUACAGUGAUCUAAUGAGAAUACUGCAAGGAGAGGAAGAGGACAAGGACGUGUUUCUAAGUCAGGUCCAAGGUUACCACACAUUGCUGAAAGAUCAUGUCAAUGCUAUUCAAGAAAUCUACACAGCUAGGGGCCUCGACCCCAAACCUCUGACGUAACAUCAUCAUAUGAAUAUAAUCAUGCCGUUUUUCAUAUAUUUUCUCUACUAGAUCUUUCUGCUUUUGAAUGGGUAUUUGCCAGAUAAGUUGUGCCUUGUUCAUUGUGUAAAGACUUUGCUACAACACCAUGGACCCCUUUCCCAGAGCAUAUUAUCGAUUGCAAAACUUACAAAAAAUACGAUUGGUUAUCCUGUCCAAUUUCAUCAGAGUUGCAUUUAAAUAAAUGUAUGGGUAUUCAAGUUUGAACAAAUUUUGUCAACUCUCUUCACCCAUGGUUCAUUUUCAUGCGAAUGUUAUUCAAUUAUGCGUUAUAUCAUUCCUUUAAAAAAAUUUUAAUAUUCAAUUUAGAGACAAUUUCAUUCAAAUUAAUGAUCUAAAUCUUGCGCUGAGAGAAUGGUCAGUCAAUGUCGCCCCUAACACCCCCCCUUCUAAUUUAUUUUUAUUUUUUUACAAAUUGUAAUUUACAUUAUAGGUGGUUUGGAUUGAUACAUGAUAUUAGCAAAAGUCAUGUGUUAUUAAUGUAUGUUUAUAGUUAUGACCAUGGAGCAAAAAUGAACUGUUGUUUCAUUGACAGUUUGUCAGAGGAAGGAUCAGUAAAUGAUAAAAAUCAAAUUUAAAAAUGAAUCAGAUUUGCUUAAUCAUUUCAAAACAGAUGGAGAGUGAAAAUAACAUAUGCAACAAUGAAAAAUGCUGCCCAUACCCUGCAAAUGUUUGAAUAUUCAUAAAUUGGAACUCCUUUACAUUCUUACAGAGGGUGCAGGUGUGAAUUGAAAACUGUUCUUGUGCUUUUUUAAUUUGAUCACUCUGUUUUUAAGUGAGAAAACCUUGAAAUUGCAUGCCAAUAAUUCGGCUUUUUAAAUUUUGAUCUCACAGGUCUUUCAACUUUUUUCAAAAUUGAGUGAUUACAUCAUGAAAUCGGAUGAUAUUUUGAUGGAAUUGGAUGGGAAAACCUUAAAUAAGCCACCAAUUGGUUGAGGAUAAAUCUGUGUUAGAUUUCUAGCAUUUUUUUUAAUGAUAUAUAUUUUUGUUUUUUUUAAUUAAGGCCAAAGUGUGGAUAUAUUUCUAUCUCUUUGUGCUUUUUUUUUUUUUUUUUUGGGGGGGGGGGUGUGUUUUGAAUUUGUUUUAGCUGUAUUCAUAUUCAAAAUGUCAACAACAUUUGUGAUUAAUUAUAAUUAUUUAUGCAGAGGUAUAAAAUCUACCCUAGUUAAAGUGUUUGAACAAUUUCUGAAGUAUCAUACUUAUUAAUUAUAAUGGGCAUAUAUUUAUAUUUGUUUACCUCAUCACCACAACUCUGAAUUCGAAACCAGAAGACUUGACAUUACAUACAUUCCACUUGAUAUGCAUAACAUAUUUAGCUUCACGUUUUGAAUCUAAUAAGUAAGACAGAUACAGGCAGUUGAAUAGAAAUUGAUGAAUAUGACAUAUUUGAUUAAUGUUAUUUUCUUUCUAAUGGUGCUAACUGUGAAAUUGGACUAAAGCCUGUGUGAGGCAUUGAUAAAGGGUGAAUAAUGACAAUUGUACUCCGGUAUCAUGUCACGUUCUCCAAUCUUACUAGAGUAGUGAUGAUGAAUUUUUUAACUGUUUAUGUUUUAUCCUUGAAUUUUAAUUGAUAUUUUUUUAAUUUUAAAUAUCUUACUUUCUUAAUUUUCAGAAAGUUAUUUGUUGAUAAUGCAUAUUUAUUUAUAGAGCAAUUUGAAGUCAUUCAGAUGCAUUAUUUAGAAAUAUAUAACUUGCCCAUCACUCGGGGGGGGGGGGGAGUUUUAUAACAAACAAACGCUAUGUUUAUUCCAUGUAUUGCAUCAUCUCCCUUAGUAUGGCACACAAAAACUGUCAAAAGCUCAGGUGAAGAAUGCCUUUCGCUGGGAAAGUACUGUUACCUCUGAUGUGAGUAUUGCAGUUAUUGCCAUUUCUUUACACAACUCUGUGGUCAGCAGAUUAUAGCUGAAGAUGGUAUGUCUUUACAAGUUAGCUGACCCCACUUAUGUACAUUGCUAUUGUUAUUGCCAAUUCUUUCCAUAAUGGGGAUCAGUUUAUUUGGAGUUUAUCUUUUACAACUCAAGAGUGUUCAGUAUCUCACAUUCUCCAACUCAAGAUCUCAACUAAGAGAGCGUUGUUGGCUCAGUCGGCAAUGCGUCUGCCCGUUGAACCAAAGAUCGUGGGUGCGAGUCCAUCCCGGGUAGAUGACUGAAGCCAGUGCGUUGUGUGUAAAUGUCUCCCAUGUUUCGUAGAUGCAGGCUAUGUCCCUCGGAUAGGACAUGAAAUGGAGGCCCCGUGUAGAGGAGAGUCACCACCUUUGCACGUUAAGAACCCAAUGCUCUAUUCGUAUAAGAGUAGGGGGAAACCUCGGUGUAGUGGUCCACCUGCAGUCCCCCCAAUCAGUUAUAUCGGGAGGAGAGACCUGCGGGUCAUAAUGAUUCAGUUCGCUUUUCGCCUUCCAGGCUCAGGUGACGCCAAACAAAUAAUAAUGAUAAUAAAUCAUCUUACUGUGCAAGUUGAUAAUCAUUUUAUGUCCUAUGAGCUAUAAUAGCAAAAGAAGCCAUUGUAGAGGUGUUGUGGCUCAGAGGAUAUGUCUGCAGACUUUGAACCACAAGGUGCAGGGUUUAAAUCCACUGCAGCACUUGUGUCCUUUGGCAAUGCACUUAUCUAAAUUUGCCACAUUCCACCCAGGUGUAGUAAAUGGGUACCUGGUAGGAAGGGAUUCCUUGAAUGGUCGAGUAUACAGUAUAUUCAACUAUUUAUUUUAUUUUAAGCAUUCGUGCUUUGGGAAAUUGAAGUAUCACGGUACAUGUAUGUGCUAUUCAAAGUGUAUUCAGAUUAUAAGAUAGAAAGGUGCUUACAGGGACAAUUUUUGUGAUCUUUGUUUCUUGCUUUUUACAUAACAAAACAGUUAUUGUGGCAUUGGUAGCUUUCAUGUGGCGAUUUGUUUUCUUUGAAUGCAAUGUCUUCCAAUGUGUGUGAAUUUCAGACAAUUUUAAGUUUCUUCAGAGUAAUUAUUAUCUAGCAUGUAAUUUCUUUCAGUCUUUCCUUCUAUAUUGGUGUGAUGGGGGAUAUUGGGGUUAUUCAAUUAUGGUAAUCUAUGGCAUGACUUUUCCCUUACAUUCCAUACUUAUUUUUAUUAUUUUUUUUAGAAGAUUAGUAUGGCAGUGCUAUUGGUAGGUAACUGCCCACCCCCAGCAAAAAAAUUAAGAUAAAGAAAACUUUUUUAUUUUCUGUGACACCGAUCCCCCAAAGCUUUUCUUUUAAACCCCUUAUCACAAGUAAUCAAACCUAAUGUGAUUGAUACACAUAUUUGUGAUUGAUGCUUAUAUUUGUUUUGCCAUAUGUCAUUGGUUUGAAUGUUAUGCAUAUUUUUAUUAAGAGCUUUAUGAAACAGCCCUGGGAAUAAUCAACCUCAAUGAGUAUGAUGACCAGAUCUCUUCCAUGUCACAUCUUGCUACAGUUUUUGUUUGUUGGGGCCUAUAUUCAAGACUGACACCUAUUAGAUGGUGUUAGAAAUGGGGGCAGCGUGGAUGUAUUUUAAUAGAUAAAGUUGGCAUAGGGGCAAGAAAAGCAAGAUUAACUAUUUGUUACAUCUUUUUUUUUUAUUGACAAAUAGGGGUUUUAAAAGAGAGUUACACCACACAUACCUUUUUAUUUUAAACUCUUAUUUCUCCUCCCCUUUUUCAUUGGGAGAUUUUUUUGUUUGUUUUUUUUGGGGGGGUUGUUCCAGAAUCCCCCGUAGAACUGCCCCUUGUUUGAUCUCAUAGUGUUCACAGUUUUUUAAAUGUACCAUUGUUGUAGUAGUAGUGGUAUUAGGAUAUAGAAAUAAUUAUAUUAUUUGUCUUAUGAUUAAUUAUGGUCAUUCACGAUGAUGAUGAUUGUUGCCAUCGUGACUUCUUUCUCAGUUAUGUAAUGUUGUUUGUAAAGAAUGUGUUUAGGCCUAUCCACCAAAUAAUCUGCUUUAGGUUUGUAGUCUAUGCUCAUGAAAGACAUUGCAUUCUACUUCUUCCAUGGGCGUAGAUCCGCUCGCGCUUUCUAUUCUUUGGGGGGGGGGAUGGCUCUUUGUAUUAUUAGGUAAUAUCCCCCCCCCCAAGAUGAAUAGAAAUUUCUGCGGAUCGACACCAUUGGCUUCCCAUUUCUAUUGAAAAAGGCUUUGAAGAAAGAAAUAUGUAUUUACGUUCAUGUAUUAGGGUUAUUAUUUAUUAUUAUCAUGUACAUGUCAUCAUUGCCAUUUUGAUUGGUCACAAUACGCAAAGUUUUAUUUAAUCAACCAACUGAAAUUUGUCAUAGGUCAGGUUUUGGUGUUCCAUAAAGAGGUAUGUUUCAUUGUUGACUUCAUUGCAUUGCAUUGCAUUAAUAUGUAUCAAUUUUAAUUAUAAAUUAUAGAAUGUAUUCAACUCAAAUUAACUUGAUUGAAGUGCAAUUGUACUAUUAAGAACUCUUAAACUCUAGAAAAGUUUGAGUGAAUUUUACCCAAAUUGGGUGAAAAGGAACAUCCACACUUGUUUGUUUAUACAUAGGUAAGAAUCAUGUCUUAAAAUUUACACACCAUUUGGCAUUAUUUAUCCAACACAGGGAUGCAUUUUUUAUCCAAUAAAAAUGCCUUCUUUACCCAAUAUGAAUUAAAUUUUAUUUGGAGUGCAGAUAAGUUUUAAGAAUGCAAAUUCCGGCCAUGAGAAAUGAAGUUGAAUGUAAAUGAAAGCUUGAAAUAUAAUACUGUAAUCAGAUUUACAAUUACCAUUUCUUUUGUCUUAAUAUAGAAGGAAUUUAUGAUAAAUAAUAUUUUGAUUCAUAAUAGAUACAACUCAAACGCCAUUCAUUAAAUUUUAACUUUGGAUUUGGUGUGUUACUUGUUAAAGUUAGAACAAUUGCAGUUUUGUCUUUCUUUUUUUUCCGUUUUUAGACCAAUGGAAAAUCACAAAGGUUCAUUUGCUCUUCCACAUAAUUAUCAGACUUGUAUUCACGUUCGAACAUUGGCAAUUUAUUACAAGCAGUACUGCCUUUCUCCUAUUUGUGUAUAAGAUAUAUAUGGAUUAUCAUAAAUGCCCAGGGUAGUCACCUUAGAUGUACAGUACAGGCCAAAAAUUUGGGGCCACCCUCAGAUUUGAAAGAAAAUCAUACAAAACCCUGUAUUCUGCAUUCAUUCAAAUGUAGAUGGGCUAUGACAGUUCCAUCACAUCACACAAGCAUGUUUCCAACUGGUUUUUUGUCACUUAUGUCGAACCCCAGUCAGUUUUCAUAACAUAUUCAAAUUUUAUCCAGGGAUUUGAACCCACGACCUCAUGAGACUUGUACACUACCACUGAGCAACCAUGAAUCGUGUGCAUUUGAUAUAUAUUUUUUUUGCUUGUUUUUAAGAUUUGAAAUGUGUAGAAAUAUGUGAUUCAUUGCAAUGUAAUUUAUUGUGAAUUUUACUCUGUUUAAUCGAUUUCAGUCUUUCUACUAUGAGUGCAAACGUUAUUAGCAGUAUUGAUUUCAUCAAUUUUAUAAUGUAGUGUUUAUUAUGAUGGAAAGAAACAGUUGAAAACAAUGAUGCAAGGAAUUGUUUCUUGCUGUUCCCGAAUUAAAAUGUGGAAUAAAGGCAAUUUGGCUAUCUAAACGCAAA